AUGGCUUCUUUAAUCACUUCGAACGGUGUGGGCCACGUGGUCGAGGCUCUACCUAUCCUGGAUGAGAUCCGUUCUGAUAGUGAGGACCGAGCCUUCUGGUGGGAACCCAUGUCCGGAACUCUGGCCACGCUCCUCCAGGCAAAUCAAUACAGCGAUGAAGCGCAACGCCACUAUCUCCGUUGGUUUUAUAAAUGGGUUCCCCCGGCUCUGGGGCCACGUCUUAUCAACGGCAAACCCUAUUACGGUUCAUGGCUUACUCAUGAUCUGUCGCCCUUCGAGUUUAGUAUCAACUGGAAAGAGAAGAGUCGCAAAAAAAUCCUCCGCUUUACCUUUGAACCAACUACGAAGCAGGCAGGGACAGCCACCGAUCCCAUUAACCAGCUGGGGACAAAAGAGUUUAUGAACACAAUCUCGAAAGACGUGCCGGGUCUGGAUUUAACACGAUUCAAUCAGUUCCUCGAGGCAACCAACGUACCCAGCGAUGGCGUGGACGAUGCCAUAGCAAAGCACCCACCGAACUUCCCACGGUGCCGCGCCGUCGUCGCCUUCGACCUGGAGCACUCCGGCGACCUCAUGGUCAAAUCCUACUUCCUGCCGCACUGGCGCGCGCUUCAGAGCGGGAUCCCGGCCAAGACCAUCAUUUAG